UCCGCCCAACCAUAUAAAACCACAGUUCCUCUCUCUCUCUCAGUCUCUCUCACAUACAAACACGGGCGUUUUUCUUUCUCUCUCUAAAACUCGCUCCUCUCUCAUGGCAACUCGCCGGGGACUCAGUUUUGGUGGUUUGAGUAUUUGAAAGCAUCAGAGAUAUAUAUAAUUGUUUCACAUUAUAGUUUUUGGGUUUGGAGGGGAGAGUUAUGGCAGUGAUUGCGGAGUCUGGGCUUGUUUUGUUGUGCUUGGCUUUGGUGGUGUCCCAGCAGCUGAGUCGGUGCCGAGUCAACUCGGAGCCGACACAGGACAAGCAGGCUCUCCUUGCUUUCUUGUCGCGAACCCCACACGAGACUCGGGUCCAAUGGAACCCGGCCACCUCGGCGUGCACAUGGGUAGGCGUCGGCUGUAAUGCCAACCAAUCGUUUGUGUAUUAUCUGAGGUUGCCCGGUGUUGGGUUGGUCGGGGAUAUUCCGGCGAACACCAUAGGGAGGCUGAGCCAGCUCCGGGUGUUGAGUCUCCGGUCGAAUCACCUCACGGGUUCAAUCCCGCAGGACUUCACUAACCUCAAAUUCCUCCGCAGCCUUUAUCUUCAGAACAACCAGUUUUCCGGCGGGUUUCCUCCGGGUCUUACUGAGUUAACUCGUCUUGGCCGCCUAGACAUCUCGUCUAACAAAUUCGCCGGCCCAAUCCCGUUCUCUCUCAACAACUUAACUUCUUUGAGUAGGCUUUACUUGCAGAAGAAUGGGUUCGAGGGGACACUGCCGAGCAUCAACCUUCCAAGCUUAACUGAUUUCAAUGUCUCUGAUAAUCACCUCAAUGGGUCAAUUCCUGCUACGCUGUCCAAGUACCCGGUGUCAUCUUUCGCCGGAAACAUCGAUCUCUGCGGCGGCCCAUUGCCGCCGUGCAACCCAUUUUUUCCAUCUCCCGCGCCUUCACCUUCAGCCCAGCACCAAAUCACCCCGCAGCAUAGAAACUCCAAGAAGCUCUCUACGGGCGCCAUUGUCGGAAUCGUAGUUGGCUCCGUCUUGGCACUCGUCCUUCUAUUACUCAUCCUCUUCUUCUGCCUACUGAGAAAGAGAAGAGGGCCGGAACCCAAGACGCAGAAGCCGUCGACAACCGCGAGGGCCACCGCCGCUGCAGGAGAAGCCGGAACGUCGUCGUCAAAGGACGACUUAACCGGUGGAUCAGCCGAAGGGGAGAGGAACAAGCUGGUGUUCUUCAAUGGGGGAGGAGGGUACAGCUUCGAUCUGGAGGACUUGUUGAGAGCGUCGGCUGAGGUGUUGGGGAAGGGAAGCGUGGGAACGAGCUACAAGGCGGUGUUGGAGGAGGGGACAACGGUGGUGGUGAAGAGGCUCAAAGAUGUGGCGGUGACUAAGAAGGAUUUCGAGCAGCAAAUGGAAGCCUUGGGGAAGAUGAAGAAUGAGAAUGUGCUUCCUUUCAGAGCCUUUUACUACUCAAAAGAUGAGAAAUUAUUAGUCUCUGAUUACAUGCCUGCUGGUAGCUUAUCUGCUCUUCUUCAUGGUAGUAGAGGGUCUGGCCGCACGCCCCUAGACUGGGACAGCAGAAUGAAAAUCGCGCUAAGUGCUGCUAGAGGCAUUGCAUAUCUGCAUGUCUCGGGUAAAGUCAUCCAUGGCAACAUCAAGGCAUCGAACGUCCUCCUCAAACAAGACAACUACAAUGCCUGCGUAUCAGACUAUGGUUUGAACGCCCUGUUCUCCACCUCGACGCCUGUCAAUCAUAGGGUUGCAGGCUAUCGUGCCCCCGAGAUGCUUGAAACCCGAAAGGCCACGUUCAAAUCUGAUGUGUACAGCUUUGGAGUAUUGAUAUUGGAGCUUCUAACGGGAAAAGCCCCAAAUCAGGCGUCUUUUGGCGAAGAAGGCAUUGAUUUGCCUAGAUGGGUCCAAAGUGUUGUUAGGGAGGAAUGGACAGCUGAGGUGUUUGAUGUUGAGCUAAUGCGGUACCAUAAUGUGGAAGAAGAGAUGGUACAACUACUUCAGAUAGGAAUGGCAUGUGUUGCUAUGGUGCCAGACCAAAGACCUGCCCUGCCGGAUGUUGUGAGGAUGAUUGAGGAGAUCAACAGAGUCGACACAGAUGAUGAUCCGUCAAAAGGAUUGGACAUCCAAACGCCCCCUCAAGACUCCUAAUUGUCACCCCACACCAAAGACAAAGGGCGGUCGCAAGAUGUAAAGGUAAUAAGCGUGCGUCAUUACAUGUCAUCAAGGCCUGCAUAACCGUUUUCGGGGAUAUUGAAGUUUGAGAGUGACCCAUUGUGUUAAUAAUUUUUUUUUUUUUUUCAAGAUUUUUUCAGAAAAUUGUGCAAUGAAUUAUAGGGAGAAGAUGGUAGUGGAAACUUGAUCAAGUUGGGGGGGGGGAUUUGGGGUUACAUGAGGUGAUUGUAAGUGGAUCCACUUGUUUCUUUCAUCACCUUAUUCUUUUUGUUCAAAAGUGUACUAGUGGAGGGAGUAAUGUAUCUUGCAUUUGGCCUUUCUUUCUUGUAUUGUGUAAGUAAUGGGAUGCCCACCAAAGUCUAAAUUUUUGUCUUGUGAAUUUCAAUUUUGAAUUCAAUGCAUGCCAACUGGGGAGUUGAAUUUUUUACAUCUU